AUGGACCAUAUGAACCAUGGGACGAGCAUGUUCUCCCCGCUGAACACUGACCUGGCCCGCCGAUAUUGGUAUACCGUCGCCGGGUUUGUGGGGGCGUUCAUGCUGAUUCGAGGUGUCAACUUCUACAAGUCGCAAAGACGGUCGGUGCCACCUCGUGAACUGCCGUCGAGUCUUUGGCUGACCAAGAACAGAUUACGGAGGAAGGCGUCAAACUCGAUCGAGUCCCCCACCAAACCGAGCAACCGCUUUCUGGAGCUAUGGGCUACCUUGACUGCCGUCGUCCGCGAGACGAGCGCCCCGCAGCUCCACAUCCCCAUCCGUGGGUUCUCAUGGCUGACGCCGCCGCCGCUGGGUCGGGUCAUCGCCCUGCUGGUGUACUGGAUCCUCAUCAUCUACAUGAUGUCCACCGAAGUCAUCGUCAAAGACGCCUUCUUCUGGGAACGCAUCGGCUACCGCAACGCCUGGGUCACCGUCACGCAGGUGCCGCUCCUCUACCUGCUUGCGUCCAAAUGCAGCAUUGUUGGCUUCCUGGUCGGGACAAGCCACGAGCGGCUCAAUUGGCUGCACCGAUGGGUGGGGCGCACCAUGUUCGUGACGGCCUCGGUCCACGGCUGGCAUUUUUACACCGACUGGGUGCGUGCCGACGCUGUCGAGUAUCAGAUCAAGAUGAUGCCCUCCAUCAAGUACGGGCUCGGGGCCUGGGGCGUCCUGCUAUGGACGCAGAUCUCGGGCCUUGCGCCUUUCCGGAGGAUGGCCUAUGAGAUUUUCGUGCUGCAGCAUCUCCUCAGCGCCAUAUUCUUCCUCUGGCUGAUCUCUGUCCACGUCCCGCCGAGCGCGCAGUAUAAUGUGUGGUUCGCCGUCGUCGCCCUCUCCUUUGACCGUGUCUGCCGCAUUGCCUUGCUCCUCUGGCAAAAUGUCAAGGUGUUCCCCGACAAAUCGAAAUGCCGCGGGGGGCAGCGCAUCGGGCACCAGGCUCAGAUGAAGCCCGUGGGCGAUUCCAUCACCGUGGUCACCAUCAAGGACGUCCAUUUCAAGUGGCGGGCCGGCCAGCACCUCUAUCUCUGGAUCCCUCGCGUCGGCUUGGGCGAGGCGCACCCGUACACGAUUGCCUGCGCCCACCAGUUGCCGGACACGUGCAUCUGUAACAGCAUCCAGCUCGUCGUGCGCAAGCACGGCGGAUUCUCGCGCCGCCUUCAUGAUUUUGCGACAAAAGUAGGGCGGAAAGAGCACUCGACAGUCUUCGUGUCGGGGCCGUAUGGCGCGCCGCCCCGAUGGGACAUCUACGAAACCAUCAUCUUGAUCUCGGCGUCGACCGGCGCCUCCUUUACGCUGCCGAUCUUGGAGAGUUUGCUGCAGUCAAAAGCUACGAAAUGCGCCAAGAGGGUCGAUUUUUUGCUCGCGGCGAGGCAGGGGGAGGAAAUCGACUUUUAUGUGUCUCGCCUCCACGAGCUGCUUGAACGCGCAAACGAGGUCGGCAUCGAGCUCAGCGUGCAUAUCGCCGUCACUCAAGGGCCCUCGAUGUUCGCCAAACAUUCGGGAACCGAUGUCCAGACUGUCGAUGCCGCGUCCGCGUCCUCCUCCGGUAACAACGUGGGAAAGCACGUGGGCGAGAAGUUCAGCGCCUCGCCGGCCGAUAUCGAGCAACCUGCCCCCGCGGUCCGGAAGAGGGCGAGCCACGCGAGUACCGAUUCGCACGUGUUCCACUCAUCGACCAGGCCAGAUGUGGACGCGUUCAUCCGAGGUCCAGUCGAGGAGACGGGUGGGGAGACGAGUGUGGUCGUGUGCGGCGGUCCAUCUUUGGUCGCGAGGGUGAGGAAUAGCGUGGCGUUUCUGUCGGACGAGAGAGCAGUGCACAAAGGAACGGAGGCGCAGGGGAUACACUUGUUUGCCGAAGAGUACAGCUUUUAG